AUGGCGGCUUCAAAAAACGGCGGGGUUGCACUCACUCUGCUCAGCCAAGCUCAUACCGCUGAUUUUGCCGCAACGUACUAUCGUGAUAAGGUCGUUCAGCGCCCGUUGUAUCUCAAGCCAACGCCAAAGGACCCGUCCGAGCCUUCGGCUCGAGACCUUCGUCGAAGAGUCCGCGAAGAAAAAAAAGCGCAUAAGCAGAAGCUUUCCGGGAAGCCAAAACCUUUAUCUGCGAAGCGCAAACGCGCUCUCCAGAUCUAUGCGAUUCCAAAGUCGCAGCAGAAGUAUGACAUCUAUGCACCAAUGCACAAGCUGUGGUGUGGCUACAUGCAUGAGAUUCUGGGCCUUAACAGACCCGACUCGAGUCAAGCACACUACAUUGACCCGAAGAAUGCGGGACCUCUCCUUGCGAGUGCGGACUUCCAUGGUGCGUUCGUGCAAGUCGUGAGCAGCAGAUGUGUUGGUCGGGUAGGGGUCAGGGGCAUCGUUGUGAGAGACACGAAGAGCACGUUUGAAAUCAUCACACCCAACAACAAGCUAAAAACCAUUCCAAAAGAGCACACUGUUUUCCGCCUCGAAAUUCCGCUUUCACUGGAGAGGGAGAGCACAGAUAGUGCAGUUGCUGCCGAGAACCAAACAGCAGGAUCCAAGCCUUUUGUCAUUGAACUGUACGGCUCAAGUCUGGAACAUCGCGCUCCCGAUCGCGCAACGCGGAAGUUUGUCUUUCAUCUCCCGGACUUAUGAACAUGCAAAUGAGAUGACGCCACAGAGCAAGCAAGACUUGCUAGAAUCCGGGAUCUGGAGAAGCAUCCAGGACCAAGGUGGAAGGUUUGCACACGGAAACAUGCACUUGAUUGUACAUUUGGAUCCCAGCUGCGUCACAUUGCUAUUGUAGCGAGAGCACAUGUCGGGACCCGCCUUCUUCGUGCAUCACACCCACCGGCUACGAAUUGAAGCAGCGAAGCGAAUUUUGAUCGCUCAUGGAAGUGUCUAGUCAGACUACCACCAUGAGAAGUAUCAAGCGAGUCUGUCGACGUGAUCUCAGACUAGUACAAUUCGCGAUGGGAAGGGCGAACUUCAAAGGGAUCUAUGAGCUUGCGAUAAACGCAUGUAAACCGAAAAAAAAGUCAAUCAAAUCUUGAGACGA